CGCUCCUGAAUGAAAGAAGUUGCCUGGCGUUCCUCGCCCCGACCUCUUCGCUGCUGUAGCCGGUGGAGAGCGAUGCUGCGAGGCACGGCGACCGCAUCGUCGACUGCUCCCCUGCCAGCCCAAGGCUCCCAAGAGCAGCCGUUGCGUCUGUGAGGGCGAAGCGAAGUGGGGCGGGGGAAGGAGCACAAGAAGCGAUUCUGGAUCCCUUUCCGGACUCAUCGACGCGGUGCCGCCGCCGCUGUCGCAGCCUCCGCCGCUUGGGGGGCUGGAGUGGUGGGGAAGCCGUUGCCCGCCCCGGCUGGGAUCUGUGUAGCAGCAGCGUUUGCUUCGUGGAUGUGUAUGAAUGAGUUCUGCACCGAAUGCGCGCAAAAAGCGCCCCAGGUCCGCGGGCUCUAUCUUCCAGAUCAGCAAAACGCCGCUGCACGGCAGGGACUGUGAACGCAGAGGCAGCACCUCGGAGGGCGCCCCCAAGACCCAGAGACUAGCCCUGGAUGACUGCAAGAUGCUGGUCCAGGAUUUCAACACCCAGGUGGCUCUGUACCGUGAGUUGGUCAUUUCCAUAGGAGAUGUCUCAGUCAGUUGUCCUUCUUUGCGUGCUGAAAUGCACAGAACUCGAACCAAAGGAUGUGAGAUUGCCUGUCAGGCACACCAAAAGUUAUCAGCUAUCUCUGGCCCAGAAGAUGGUGAGAUUCAUCCUGAAAUCUGUAGGCUAUAUAUCCAGUUGCAGUGUUGCUUAGAAAUGUAUACAACAGAGAUGCUAAAAUCUAUAUGCCUGCUAGGAUCACUUCAGUUUCAUCGGAAAGGGACAGAGACUUCUGCAGCACCCAAGAUCACAGACAGUAAAACAGAAGAGAGUUCAGAAGUUCCUAUUUUAGAAGAGUCAUUAUCUUCACCAAUAGACAUUCAGCAACAUUUAUGCCAGGUUUCCACGGAUAUUGAAAACACUGAACGGGAUAUGAGAGAAAUGAAAAACCUUUUAAGCAAACUCAGGGAGUCAAUGCCUUUGCCAUUGAAAAAUCAAGAUGAUAGCAGCCUGCUAAACUUGACUCCUUAUCCAUUAGUUCGAAGACGGAAGCGGAGAUUCUUUGGACUGUGCUGUCUCAUUUCCAGCUAGAUGACCAGGAUAGAAGUGCACAAAUGACCACAGCCAAUACAAUUUGACCUUUAUUGGGAUAAACCUAAAUGCUCCAAUCGAUCAUGUGUGUUUUCUACACAGCCCUAAUUAUAUUUCUUCCCUCCUUUUCAAGAGUUUUACAGAUUGUUGCUGACAAUAACCAAAUCCAGAAACUAAUUUAACAUUAUUAAAGAUGUUUUUAAACUUUUUUAAUGGCAUACAGCAUGUCUACUUUAAACCAUUCUGUGAUAAAAUGCAAAUAUUAUAAUUAUUAAAUAAAACAUGCAGAGUUUUUAAUUUAGUGUACAAAUCACAAUCAAUUGUGUACAGUAAAAUAGUAUGACUGUAGCUCUUGCUAGUAUGAUGUUAAACUAUUUGAACAUAUUCUAUUAAGCAAUCUUAAUCCAUAGAAAUCUAUUUAGAACUGCAAAACUGUACUUAAGUUCUAAAAUGCUAAAAUAAACAGAGCCAAUAUUGUAAGGGAACAUGCACAAACUCUCCUAUUGCUUUUUGUGCUCUCAUUCAUAUUUAGUCUUCCACUCUAUAUCUCAACUUAUCCAAGAUCUUCAUAGUACAAUAUCUUAAUUUCUAAUACACAAGCAAAAUAACACUGAUAUGUUGUUCCUGUAAAAAUGAGAUAGUUAUAUCUACAUAUUGUAUAAUGCAUAGAAAUAGCAAAUUACUUUUUAAACCCCACCCCCAUCCCAUGUAUCUAUUUCAACUUUGGGAAGAAAGGACUAACCGUUUAAAAGAGGGUGUAGGAAACUAUAAAACCCACAUAUGUAAAGCAGAUUAUCCCAUUUUGUUUCCAUUAAAGGUUGAAGCAUGGUGUCUGAACAUCAAACUAAAUGUUACUGCUUAUAGGGCAUGCCAGA